AUGAAUAUCAGAGUCUUCAACCGGGUGCUUGAUAGCACUACAUCCAAUUCGGACGACAUGGGACAUCAUGUCGAAUUACCCAGUUGUAUUCCUUUUUCACAAUCAGUCUUGCAUAAGGAAGACUCUUCCACUGCUACUGCUUGGAGGAGCUCUGAUUGUCAUCAUCAUCCUCCCUCUAGGGGAGACCUGACCCGUCAACUUUUACGGGACACUAAGAUUCCAGUUCCUUCCAAGUUUAAUAGUCAUCCUAAGAUUCUUCUAAGCAAGAAUUUGAAUAAAAGUCUCCUCCACGCUGACUUAAGUUCGAUGUUAUCGCUGUCUUCCCAACCAUUACACAAUGAUGAUGAUUUUACAUCCCUUUUCCCUAUUCAAUCUUUAACAAGCAAUUCAGCUUCUACUUCAACAAACAACUGUCGAAAGCCCCUUUGUUUCGACAAUUCUUGCUCUACUGACUCUCGUGCUCGUGGUUUAACGAAUCGUAAAUCGGAUCCCGAAGUCCAUCGAAAAUCUCGUCAGUCAUCGAAGUAUUGUGCGGAUUCAAUCCAUUUUAAAGCUAAGAAAGACUUUUCAAACUGUUCAGUGUUCGAAGCCGCUGACAGCGAUCAUCCACUUGCUGCUGCUUCAGAGUUGAAUCAUCAAGUUCGUCGUGCCUCUUCUUGUCCUUCUUCUUUUCCCGUUAAUUCCUCUAAACCCUUCGAAAAUACUGCUUGUACAUUUCACGGAAGAAAAUCCUUACGUAAAAGGUCUUUGAUUUCCAGCUUGUCAAGUGUCAGCUUGGCUAUCAAAAAUAGGCUCUAUUACCUUUCUUCUAGUAUUUUUGACGUUAUGUAUCCAAAACACUCGGCUGAGGAACAGCUCAUAAAACCGGCCGUUGCGAGUCCCAGUAGUAGGAUGAAGCUGAAUAAAGACUACCGGUUCAUGGAGAACUGUACCUUACAAAAAUUUUCUUUAUCAGAUACACCUUUACUUCCAUGGCAUGAAGUUCUUGCACGUAAAGAGGUCCGUCGUCCACGUUUGAAUUCGGACUUCUUCCGGGUCUAUGUACUGGAAAGACAAAUGCGUAAAGCUGGUAAGCUGUCUGCGCAUUCCGCUGGUCGAGCCCAGCUUAUAUCUCAUCCCAAGCCCAAUAUGAUGAACAUGUUUUCAAGCCCUCUACAAAUUCAGCUAUGA